AUGUUGAAGGAAAUAUUUUCACGGAUCAAUGAGUUUGAAAAGCCACAUCCCAAGGCCAUGGGAGAUCUCUUAGCAUCGGGGCUCAUCAUGAUUGAGGGUGAGAAAUGGGUCAAACAUAGAAAGAUCAUCAACCUGGCUUUUCACUAUGAGAAGUUGAAGUUUGUAGUGACUGCAACAUGUUCAAGUUGCGAGGAAAUGAUUAAGGGAUGGAAAAAGCAAAGUUUGGCAGGCGAAGUGGAUGUUUGGCCUGAACUUCAGCAUUUGACAGGUGACGUACUCUGUAGAGCUGCUUUCGGUGUGACCUACAACCAAGUCAAGAGCAUCCUCCCCCUUCAACAAGAACAAAAUGACCUCACUAACAAGAUUCUUCAGUUCGUGUUUAUUCUCGGAUGGAGCCUCUUGCCAACCAAACUGCAUAAGAUGAUGAAAGAAAUUGACUACAAAGUAAAAGGAUUGUUGGAAGACAUGGUGACCAAAAGAGAGAAGGCAAUGAAGGAAGGAGAAGUAGAUGGUGAUGAUCUCUUGGGACUUAUGCUUAAAUCAAACAUGAAAGAAAUUGAGUAUGGGCAUCAAAAGGGUAUGUGA